AUGUCGUCACUACGGCAGCGUACCGGCCCCGUAGCCAAUGCGUCUCUAUCCACAUCAGCAAAGCCAGCGUCUUCUGCUUCGAAAGAGACCUUGACGGCGUCUAAAGACCGCGUGGAUCGUACAGAAAGCGAGUCCGAAGCGAGCGACUGGUCGUCCAUGCUCCUCCUCCUCUUGUUGUACACGUUGCAGGGCAUUCCCAUGGGUCUUUCCAGCAGCAUUCCGUUCAUCUUGCAGGAGAAAGUCGGCUACGGAGACCAAGCGACGUUCAGUCUCGUGUCGUGGCCUUUCAGUCUCAAGCUCCUCUGGGCGCCGUUCGUGGACUCGCUCUAUAGCGAACGCUUUGGCCGUCGCAAGUCGUGGCUCAUCCCCGUGCAGUUUCUCUGUGCGGCAAUGAUGGUCAUCGGUAGCUGGUUCAUGGACGACAUGCUCGGUGAACGGGAGGGCCAGAAGCCGCACGUUGUCUACCUCACUGUCUUUUUCUUUGUGCUGUACUUCAUCAUGGCUACACAAGACAUUGCCGUCGAUGGCUGGGCCAUCACCAUGCUCUCGAAAAAAAAUGUUGGCCACGCCUCCACGUGCAAUACAGUGGGCCAAACGGUCGGCUACUUUGUGGCCUACGUGGGCUUUCUAGCACUGAAUGACCCAGCGACUUGUAACAGCUACUUGCGCACUGCACCAGAAGAUGAAGGCAUGGUAUCGCUGCCGGGCUUUAUGCGCUUCUGGGGCUGGAUCAUGUUCUUCACGACUUUAGGUGUGUGGUUGUUCAAGCGCGAGAAGCCUGAGGAUGAGGGGAGUGAGCGGUUGACUAUCGCUCAGACUUACGCGCAGAUGUACUCGGUACUGCGUCUGCCUAGUGUUGUGUCGCUGUCAGUGGUGCUACUUACAAGCAAGAUUGGGUUUGCUGCUGCGGAAAAUGUGGCAUCGCUCAAGCUGGUGGAAUAUGGAAUGAAGAAGGAGAAGUUGGCUCUGCUGACGCCAAUCUUGAUUCCGCUCGGGAUUGUAAUCCCUGUCAUGGUCAGUCGGUGGAUUAAACCGUCACAGCCGCUCAACCUUUUUCUCUGGGGUUAUCCAGUGCGACUCGCUGUGGGACUUCUGUAUGCUGGACUCGUGUACGUCACGCCUAUGGCAAUGGCUCAAGAAGAGAGCUCUCACUUCAUUUUCUACGGCAUGAUAUUGGUUAUCGGUGCGCUGCAUGAAGUGGCGGCCAACAUGAUGUACGUCCCGCAAAUGGCCUUCUACGCCCGCAUCAGCGACCCGUCAAUUGGUGGCACAUACAUGACAUUCCUCAACACUGUCACAAACUUGGGGUCCAAGUGGCCCAACUCACUCAGUCUUGCUGCUGUGGACCGUCUUACCACGCGCGAGUGUAUGGCUGGCUCAAACGAAAUACUGGACAUUGGAUCCCGCACGUGCUCGGAUGCCGAGGAGCGGAAAGCGUGUAUUGACGCUGGCGGAGAGUGCCUCAUUGUGCGUGACGGCUUCUUCGUGGAAUCCGUCAUAUGUUUGGUGAUUGGCGUGGCCUGGCUGCUCUUCUUCUACCGUCGCAUUCAGCUGCUGCAAAACCUCAAGAUUCAUAAGUGGCGCGUGAACGCGACGGCCGAGUAG